UGAGGCGCUUCCCGGAGCCCGGAUCAUGGCCGGCAGCCCUCUGCCGGGCCCUCCCGACCUCCUCCUGACCGCCCCGUCCAGCGCCUUCGCGGCGGAAGCCUUGAACCCAGCGCCUCCUCAGCCUCCUCCUCCUCCGCCGCCGCCGCCCCCCAACCAGGUGGGCCAGGUCAUCCUCUACGGGAUCCCCAUCGUCUCGCUGGUGAUCGACGGGCAGGAGCGCCUGUGCCUGGCGCAGAUCUCCAACACGCUGCUCAAGAACUUCAGCUACAACGAGAUCCACAACCGUCGGGUGGCGCUGGGCAUCACCUGCGUGCAGUGCACGCCGGUGCAGCUGGAGAUCCUGCGGCGGGCCGGGGCCAUGCCCAUCUCGUCGCGCCGCUGCGGGAUGAUCACCAAGCGCGAAGCCGAGCGCCUCUGCAAGUCCUUCCUGGGCGAGAACCGGCCGCCCAAGCUGCCGGACAACUUCGCCUUCGACGUGUCGCACGAGUGCGCCUGGGGCUGCCGGGGCAGCUUCAUCCCGGCCCGCUACAACAGCUCGCGGGCCAAGUGCAUCAAGUGCAGCUACUGCAGCAUGUACUUCUCGCCCAACAAGUUCAUCUUCCACUCGCACCGCACCCCCGACGCCAAGUACACCCAGCCCGACGCCGCCAACUUCAACUCGUGGCGCCGCCACCUCAAGCUGACCGACAAGCCUCCGGAGGAGGAGGAGGAAGAGGAGGAGGAGGAGGAAGGAGAAGACCAGGAGCGGGAGGGAGGCGAGAGGGAUCCGGUGGAUCCAGUCGGGGGCACCGGCCGCUACCCCUCCAGCCGAGGGUUAACGGACAAGGGCCUCGCCCGGGACGGGCCCGAGGAGGAGAAAUCCGGGCCCCCCAAUUCGGACCAGCCUCCUCCUCCUCCUCCUCUGCCCCCUUGCCCCCCAAAAGGGGGCAGCAGCAGCAGCAGCAGCAGCAGCGGAGGGAGCAGCCCGGCGCACCAUCCAUCAGCCGAGGAGCACCAGCCCCCGCCGCCGCCGCCGCCCCCCUACAAAGAUAUGCAGAAAAUCAAGGAAAACAACCACGUUGUCAUCUCCCCGAAAGAAAAUAAUUUCUCAGAUAAGAACAAGGAACUCAAUUUUUUCAUUGCGGAAUCUGAACACUCAGGAGGAGAAUUCUGGAGGAAUAUCGCUGGUGAACCCAUACAAGGAACCAACCCACCUCAUUCUCUGAAAAAGGAUGUCGAAAACAUGGGGAAAGAAGAACUCCAGAAAGUUUUGUUCGAACAAAUCGAUCUGCGAAGGAGGUUAGAGCAGGAAUUCCAAGUUCUAAAAGGGACGGCUUCUUUCCCAGUAUUCAAUAAUUUUCAAGAUCAGAUGAAGCGGGAACUGGCCUACAGAGAAGAAAUGGUUCAACAAUUACAAAUU